AUGUUUUUUUCUACCCUGCCGGACUACAUCGACCUGGAAUCAUUGUUCGACAUCAACCGACGCAUUCGGAAGGAGGAUUUUCUCAGUGUGAUGCAUUUUGAGGAUGCGAAUCCGAAGAAGUUUAGGGGAAUAAUUCAACGGUGUAUACGUGUUAUGGAGGAAUAUGGACCGUGGUGCGCUGACAUGGCCUGUCAGCUGACAGAAAAAGCCUUUACCCAGCUCGCUUCUUCUACCAGCACAAUUCGCGGCUACAAUCCGGAAUGUGUGCGCGCCAUCCGUACAUGUCUGCAUACUCUGGCACGGGCGCGUGAGCUGUAUACCAGGAUACACGACGAACAGAUCGUCCUUGCAAGAAGGCUCACCUCCCCGACUGGCAACGCAUGCGGCGAAUUGCUUUUUCAUUUUCCCAUGACCAACAAGGCCAUCACACUCAUGCGCCUAUUGGCGCAUUACAAGGUCAGCCCCACUUUUGGCCGCCCAUCAGAACAGUUUUUGUUAUUUGGCUGGAAAGUACCACCCCAGCCUCCGCCCGCUGGGCGCUUUUGCCUCUGGGGAUGUCCACGAAAAGUGCAUUGA